AUGAAAGCCCUGACUGAUCCGCAGGACUUGCUCGUCUAUGAGAUGCAUCAGUAUCUCGACUCAGAUGGCUCCGGUACAUCAGAAUCCUGCGUUAGCUCCACCAUCGGCCAGGAGCGAGUCGCGGCUGCCACCAAAUGGCUCAAAGACAAUGGCAAGAGAGGCUUCCUGGGCGAGUUUGCCGGUGGGGCCAAUUCUGUCUGCCAAAGCGCAGUGGUGGGUAUGCUGGAUUACAUGGAAGCGAAUAGCGAUGUUUGGCUGGGUGCAACUUGGUGGGCUGCUGGGCCCUGGUGGGCAGACUACAUCUACAGUUUCGAGCCCCCCUCCGGCACCGGGUAUAAUUACUAUAUGAAUACUCUGAAAAAGUACUUCCCGGGCCCGAGUGGUUCUGGUGGGACAACCACUACCACCACCAAGACCACUUCCACUACUACUGCAACCACCCAGACCACUACCGCCUCUGGACCAAGCACCACUGGCGCUGGUCACUACGACCAGUGUGGUGGUCAAAACUGGACCGGUGCUACCAGUUGUGUCAGCCCGUACACCUGCCAAAAGCUGAAUGAAUUUUACUCCCAAUGCCUAUAG